AAAACGCUUUCGCCCUUGACACCGUUCGCUCUAGUUUUCGUUCGCCCUAGGUCCGUUCGCUCUUGACGCCGUUCGCACUGUGUCUGUUCGCCUUAAUUUUAUAUAGGAUUAAUUAAUUUAUAUAUUUUUGUGUAUUCUUGUCAAUUUAAACAUUUUGAAUAAUUAUCGGGGAUAAUGAAAACAAUACCGCCCUUUCUACUUCUACAUAAUAAUCACCAUGGUUAACAGUUCAUGUAGUUUGAUACAGUUAUACAUGUUCCAUUUCCGUAUAUAUCUCAUUUAGAGAUUAAAGGAUUGUGUUAUGUAUAAAUUCUUUAAAGAUAGAAUAGGUGAUAGUCAUCUGCUAAGCUUCUGAAUGAGCCAAUUAAAGUCUCAAAUUCUUUAAUUGAUUAAAAACACCAAGCGAAUCAUUAUAAAAACAAGAAGACGGUUAUCGACAAUGUACGGCAAUAAAAUCUUACAAUUAACGUAUACCAAUUACGUCAUUUUUGAUGAAGGAAAAACAUAUUGUAAUUAUAUGCGAAUAAUUAAUAAAAGUUAAAAAGUUUUAAGUUAAAAGUAAAUGAAAUAACUUAUAAUAUUGUUUAUUUCUAAAGAAGGAGCGAACGGGGUUCAAGGCGAACGAUUAUUUGGGCGAACGAUAAUUAGAGCGAAGAGACCUAGAGCGAACGGACUAAGGCGAACAUGUGGAUAGGGCGAAUGCACCCGAUACCAUUCAAACCCUAGAUCUGCUACAAAAGCCAGGAUUGAUAUGGUUUAACUAUAGAAUUAUCCACAGGAUAUUAGCAGUAAAGGAUAAAGAGAAAAAAAAUGGCUGGUGUCUUGGGAAUGGCUUUCAUUCCCUACUACAACCAGUUAAUGACCAUCCUUGAAACUAAUGAUGAACUCAAGAAAAGUGCAAAGGGGAUCUUCAAGCAGAUGGCCUGGGCUGCUGGAGGGACCGCAGUGGGAGGGGUUUUACUAGGACCCCCAGGGGCCAUGAUUGGGGGAGUAGCCGGCUCCUUUGUAGGAUAUAUGUGUUCAGAUGAGUACACAGCAAUGAUCAAAGUGUUAAAAAAUCUCAAUGAUCAAGACAAGGCAAAGGUAGUGAAGGCUGUGCAGGAACUGGUGGGGAGCUCUUCUAUCGAGGCACUUACUCGAUUCAUUGGAAACCAGGUCCAGAGAGAUCUGUUCCUCAAAGUUCUACACGAGGUGGUCGGGAAUAUUCAAAAAGGAGGCUAAGUCAGCCAGAAUAAACAUUACUGUCAUAACAAUCUCUUCUUAUGAACAAAAUGUAGGAUUAAGGAUUUUUUCAUCUAGUUUAUAACCUUGAUUCUAUGAUUACAUGUAUUUAUUACAUGAUUUAUUUUUAAUUUAUUGAAGUGAAGUAAUAUAUACCCUAAAUCUGACAAUCCUGUGAUAGCUUGUACAUAACACCAGCCAUUCCAGCACCCCCAUUCUAUUCACAUCUAAAUAUCUACCACUGAAUACCAAAGUCAGUGCCUUGUUUUUACAUGGUUACUUUUACAGAUGGUACUUUUGUUUUAUAUUUUAUACUGUAUUUCUUAUGUUUUUGUGGGGGGGGGGGGGGGGGGGUCAUUCCUUAAAGACAUUAAAAGGAUGCAAAAGGAAGCUUAAAAAUAUUCAAAUUUUUAUUAUGUUUCUUUUAUUUCAUAGACAUUGUAUAAAUACAGUUCCGAUAUACAUUUGUAUUAAUUAUAUUCCCUGAUUUUUUUUAUUGAAUUUCAUGUACCGGUACUACCACAAUAACCCGAAAAUAGCAGUUUUACUGAUAAACAUUUCAACACUGGAUCUUACAUGUAAUAGUAUUUUACAUGGCAAUAUCGGUAUUAUUGUGUUUAUUUAUUUUUUGAUAUGUUGAUGUUUUGAUUGUAUCUCUCGGGAAAAAAAAACUUAUCUACAUUUUAUUUUAUCUGUUACUGUGAUGACUUGCGAAGUUUCGGAAUCAAUUCAAGAUUGUUGUCAAGACAGAAUUCCUUUCAUAAAAUUGUUACAUGCUUUUAAAAGUAUGUUAAUUUGUCAUCAUUUGUUAUGAUUUAGAUUUAUCUCAUUAACAUAGUGCCUGUAUAUAUCUUAAUGACAGUGAGUUUGUAAAUCUUACAUAGGCUGUACUCUCAUUUUGUUGUUAAGUCAAUUUUAAUAAAGUGUAUUUUCAUAGUUAA